AUGCCCGCCUGUGCGAACGCGGCUCCUGAUUCUACUGCCUGUACCAAGAAGGGCGUUUUCGCUUGCGGAAAAUGCCACCUGGUUUCAUAUUGUGGAAAGGAGUGCCAAACGGCGCAUUGGCCUGUUCAUAAGAUAGUUCACAAAUCUCCGGCCAGCAAAUCGGACUGGCGUCCAGCUUGGGACACCGAAGGGCGUGAGCCUGCAUGGGCGAUAGGUGAAGCCCGGAACAACGCGCACAAUCCGUUUGGAGGAAGCUUGUUCUUGUGGGGCAAUGUUCCGGCUAUCGACGUCCUGCGACUGUCAGAAAAUGAAGGAGCUGGGUACAGCGAUGAUAUUGAGCUGUUGUUUGCUGCUUCAGGAGAUUUGCGCAAUGUCGUUAAGACCAUUGUCGACCUCCCGGCCACCGUUACCCAGCCUGUUCACGCCACGAUCAAUGACCGAGAGUUCGCGGUUGUCGCCCGAAACGCCAUCUGGCUGCUCUUUGCUCUCAGCACCCCAAGCGAGCCUACCGCAGACGACAACGGCCCGCUUGACACCGCAGAGAUGCUGACACAUCUCUGGUACUCUGCGUUCAUGCCUCAAGAGGUGCUGUCGGCGGUGCAGAAAGCGGUCAAGCCACUUAUUGCGGAGGUCUGCGCCAAAAUCAAAGACAAACACUCUGCCAGUUGUCUAGGUAAAACGUGGCAGUUCCCAUCUGGCAGGAACCUGCGUCUCGUGUUGAAGAAAGAACAAUGGUUUGCCCUCGAGAAGAUGCUUGACGUGCCAGAGGGCUUCACAUUCGACAAGGCUACUAAGGUUCGUCAUGGCGUUACCCUCGCGCCCGAGAGGGCGGAUUACCGGGAUCGAUGGGACUUCAAGGAACCAACGGCUUCCAUGCGCAUUGCGAGGCGUCAGUUCCGCGAGGAUGGCUUGCUCCUGCCGUUUGGACACCCCCGUGACCUUUACAAGACACCCAACAUGACCCUCUUCCAGAACUCCGAUGUCUGGCUGAUGGACGACAAGGCCGACCCCUUGCAAGGCUGGCCCAUCUGGGAGGUCUACCACCGUCCGUGGCCGGCAAAGCAAGACUGGUACGGGAAGCUACAUGCCUAUCUUCGUGGGGGUUUCGGAAAAUUCGUCAAGUCCCUGACGACCAUCCACGUGAGCUUCGAGAUGCACUGCGUUGAUGCUAGAGAAUUGAAGGAACACCUCCACUGUGACCGAUACACCCGGAUCGAGGUCUCCAACAUCACAGACGACAGCCACCUCGGCCUCCGCAACACACUCACCAGCCUAAUGCCUCUGCUUCAACCGCCGCAGCGCAACCCUCAUGCAACGCUCAUCAGCCUGUUUCUCAACGCCGUCAUACAGAUGGUCAAAGGACUUGGCCUAGAGGGGCCUGCCACGGAACAGGCUACUGGCAAGGUUCUAACAUAUCUGCCCGUCACGGACUUCGCCAGCUUCCUGAAUCCGUCCGGGGCAGAAAUGACACGCAUGUGGGAUGCUCGCAACUUGUUUCUGGACCUUGAUACGUUCUUUAAUCUGUACCGCGCCCAUCGAAACUUUGGAGCCAUCGCGGCCGAGUCGGGAGCCGUGGAAAAGGGAAACAACACGAUCGUGGAGAAAUGGCCGCUGAGGUUGAAGCGCCAACUGGGUCAGGAGGGAGCGCAGGAAGAGUUUCGUGUCAUGCUGGCCUCAAGUUACACCAGCAUGGAGCGGUAUAUGGAAUGGACCCGAGCUGUCCCGGAAACAAUCACUGGCAAUGAACCAAAAAGCGGGGAUGGCGAUCCUAUCACCCAGGCGUGA